AUGGACCACUCAACUCUGGUCUUUGCCUCUGUCUUCCCGGUUCUCUCCUUCUCGCACAGCACGCCCACACCGAUCGCGACCCCGGACCUAGCAUCUACCGCGCCCGAAUCAUCGUUUGGGAGUCCUUAUGCGCUGAGAAACGUCGAAGGACGAGCACAAGGGCAGGGACAACACAAGGCGAUCAAGCGCAACACAGCGUGGAGCUCCGCAACGAGGUUCCUAAGCCUACCCAAGGAUGUCUUCUUUGCGCCGAGGUUAGAUCGGACCGCCGAGGUCGAGAAGGCGCUAAGAUACUUGCUUGUUGGCGAGGGCAAGAGUGAAGAUGCGAAGGAGGAGAGUCUGAUCGAUUGGUACACAAACGAGUGUCGGCUACACUUUGCGAAUAAUGUGAGACCGGAAGUAGAAGGCUUGUGGGGGGCCGAGGUAGAGUUGCAGCACUCGUGGGACAUACUGGACGAAACGCAGCGCCUUCUCGACCAAGUGCAGAGCAUAUACCUACAGCCCUUUACCGAUCACUUACUACCCAUCAUACAGAACCAAGCGAGUAACACGACGACUCGGUCGAGCAGACCUACGCAAGUUGUUGAAUCAGACGCAGGGAGCGUCGCAGACUGCAAGUUUCGUAGGGAGAUACAGGCCGUUUUUGCGCAUUGCCUGCCGCUGCAACGAUACUCCAAGACGCUUAGCUACGUUUUGUAUGAUGCGGGAUGUAAAAUCUUUCGCAUCUACAACCGCCAGGAUGGUGUAGAACCGAGUGCUAUGCCUGAGAGUACGCAAGAGACUAGGAAGCGCAUGACUACGCUUCUACAGGGACUGGAGCGGGUUGGACUUGGAGGUGAUAGUGCGCAGAAUGCAUUCGCGCAUGCGAUGAAUAAGCUUCUUGACUCGUUCAUCACAAGUCACUACCUAAAGGUAGAUUGGUAUUCCAAGAAGUCGAGUGUACCCCAGUUGAAGCUGUGGAUACAAGAUGGCUUCUGUCCGCUGGUCGAGCUGGUACUUGCGUGCUUGGAGUGCGAGCAGAGUAGCAUUCUACCCACUGAAAUUACAUCAUGGCAAGAAAUGGCCCUGGGCAGGCUUGGUCGAUCGCGAGUGGAUAAUCUGUUCGACUUUGUCAUUCACUGGGACAAGAGCAUGGGCGCUAUUCUGGAUAUCAAAGAGUAUCUUAGGGUGUCGAAUGCGAAGCAACACCUUACAUCCAGCUUUUCCCAGCAAAUAUCGCGGCGACUGUUGCAUCCAGGAGCCACGACCACAUACAUCUUGAACGUCUAUAUAUCCAUAAUUCGCUCUUUCCACGAGCUAGAACCAAAGGGCGUGUUGCUUGAGAGGGUAGCAAGGCCAAUUAGACGGUACCUGAAGGAGCGGGAAGAUACAGCACGGAUCAUCAUAUCCAGUCUGCUCACCGAUCUGAGUGACGAAACGGGCAGCAAAUUCUCAUCCAACAGCGAGCUCUCCUACGAAAUUGCCAGUGAAAUGGCCAAGCCAUUUGCAAACUACGGACAAGACGCAGACGAGGAACUAAACUGGAACGACAUGAACUGGCAACCACUCCCUCAAGACGCCUCACCCGACUACAAAAAGUCCAAAGUCGAAGACGUAAUCUGGUUCCUCUUGACCCUGUGGGAGCGCGAAGACUUUAUCAACGAGCUCAAGAACAUCUACGGAGACCACCUACUCCGGUGUCAGGAUCCAGAGUACGAAAAGGAGAUUCGACUGCUCGAGCUCAUCAAGGUGCGUCUGGGUGAUGAGAAGUUACAGGCUUGCGAGGUCAUGCUCCGCGACGUGCUGGAAUCAAAACGUAUCAACAGUACUAUUCACACUACCAUCAAUGUGUCGGAGACAACAGCAACAACAACCGCGCUCGUGACACCAGACCACCGCAACAAAAACCCUCAGACGCCAGACGCAAGAAAUACACGCACAUCCCACCCCCGACACACAACAAGAUCGACCCGCAAAACCACCACUACGCCAUCCACUCCCACCGCCACCACAUCAUCAUCACCCCCCGCCGUCGUCGUCCCCCCCACCCUCAACGCCCAAAUCCUCUCCUCCUUCUUCUGGCCCCAACUCCGCGACGACACCUUCCAGAUCCCCGCACAAAUCUCCCUUUUACAAAAAGAAUACGCCACGCGCUUCGAGCGCAUAAAGGGCAUGCGGAAACUACGCUGGAUGAAUGCGUUGGGAAAUGCAUCUAUUACGCUUAGUUUUGCCGACGGCCGCGAGGAGCGGUUUGAUGGCCUCACGCCUUGGCAGGUUAGUUUGAUUUCGGCGUUUGAGGGGCAGGCUGGUGGGGAACAUGGAGGAGGAGAUGGUGAAGGUGAAGGUGUAACGCGCACAAUGGCUCAAUUGGAAGAUAUACUGCAAAUGGACACGACACUCCUAUCACAAGCCCUCGCCUUCUGGGUCGGAAAAUCCGUCUUACGAUACCAUCCCCCUUCCCCUUCCACAUCCUCUUCCCCCAGCAAACCAGCAACCUACACCCUCAUAGAGUCCCUCCCCACCGCCUCCUCAAAAACCUCCACCCACGACGCCGCCGCCGUAGCCGCCGCCCAGGAACUCACCUCCCUCACCACCGCAGACACAACAACCACAACUAUCAAAUCCCACACCGACCUUCUCGAGGAGAAAAAACACGUCUACACGGCUUUCAUCAUCGGUAUGCUUACGAAUCAGGGAAAUAUGAAUACAGGGCGGAUUGCCAUGAUGAUGCGGUUGAUGGUUCAGGGAGGGUUUCCGGGUGGGGAGGCGGAGGUUAGGGGACUGUUGGCGGAGUUGGAGGAUGGGGGACGGGUUGUUAAGGUUGGUGGGGAUAUUUGGGGGGUGGUUAAGUAG